GCGACCCUGCAGAGCCGAGCAUGGGAGUAGAGCGGUGUCUGUGAGCGCCACACGCCUCCUCUCCGCUCUCCUUCGCCUCGUUCUCGCGGCCUGUCUACCCACCCCCUCACCCCCGCCGGCCACCGCACAGAACAUCUUCCACCAUGGCCACCUCAGCAAGUUCCCAGUUGAACAAAGGCAUCAAGCAAACGUACUUGGCCCUGCCUCAGGGGGAGAAAGUCCAAGCCAUGUAUAUCUGGGUUGACGGCACCGGAGAAGGACUGCGCUGCAAGACCCGAACCCUGGACUGUGAGCCCAAGAGUGUGGAAGAGUUACCUGAGUGGAAUUUUGAUGGCUCUAGUACAUUUCAGUCUGAAGGUUCCAACAGCGACAUGUAUCUCACCCCUGUUGCCAUGUUUCGGGACCCCUUCCGCAAAGAACCCAACAAGCUGGUGUUCUGUGAAGUUUUCAAGUACAACCGGAAGCCUGCAGAGACCAACUUAAGGCACUCCUGUAAACGGAUAAUGGAAAUGGUGAGCAACCAGCGCCCGUGGUUUGGAAUGGAACAGGAGUACACACUCAUGGGAACAGAUGGGCACCCUUUCGGUUGGCCUUCUAAUGGCUUCCCUGGGCCCCAAGGUCCAUACUACUGUGGUGUGGGAGCAGACAAAGCCUAUGGCAGGGACAUCGUGGAGGCUCACUACCGGGCCUGCUUGUAUGCGGGAGUCAAGAUCGCAGGGACAAAUGCUGAGGUCAUGCCUGCCCAGUGGGAAUUUCAAAUAGGACCCUGUGAAGGAGUGCGCAUGGGAGAUCAUCUCUGGGUGGCCCGCUUCAUCCUGCACCGCGUGUGUGAAGACUUCGGGGUGAUAGCAACCUUUGACCCCAAGCCCAUUCCUGGAAACUGGAAUGGUGCAGGCUGCCAUACCAACUUUAGCACCAAGGCCAUGCGGGAGGAGAAUGGUCUGAAGUUCAUCGAGGAAGCCAUUGAGAAACUGAGCAAGCGGCACCAGUACCACAUUCGCGCCUACGAUCCCAAGGGGGGCCUGGACAAUGCCCGACGUCUGACUGGAUUCCAUGAAACCUCCAACAUCAACGACUUUUCUGCUGGCGUUGCCAACCGAAGUGCCAGCAUCCGAAUCCCCCGGACUGUCGGCCAGGAGAAGAAGGGUUAUUUUGAAGACCGCCGCCCUUCUGCCAAUUGUGACCCCUAUGCGGUGACAGAAGCCCUCAUCCGCACAUGUCUUCUUAACGAGACUGGCGACGAGCCCUUCCAAUACAAAAAUUAAGUGGACAAGACUUCCAGUGAUCUUGAGCCCUUCUUAGUUCAUCCCACUCCAACUCUUUCCUCUCCCAGUUGUUCCCCAUUGUAACACAAAAGGAUAGAAUAUCAAGGUCUUUUUAUUCCUCGUGCCCAGUUAAUCUUGCUUUUAUGGUCAGAACAGAGGGGUCAAGGUCUGAAUCUCUACACACCCAGCCCCACUUUUUUUUUUUUUUUUUUUUAGCUUUCUAGGGGAGGAGGGUAGGGAAAGGUUAACACUGCUUCAUCUCAUCAGGAAUGCAUGUCCAGUAGGCAUAGCUGUCACAAAGCGGGUGUGCUUGUGGUGGGGAAGGACCUUUUUACUUCAGGAUAGUUGAAAGGGCAGGCCCAAUGGCUUAGAUUGACAGGUUCCCUGUUAGCUGUUAUCCAGGUGAAACCAACUUUCUAUUCCAAAUGUAGAGUUAGGUGAGGUGUUGGGGGUUGGUCCCUUGUACCAUUCGUCUGUGCUUCGGGGGAGGGGUGUUGAUGCCCUCCAUGAACACAGCUCCGUGUAUCACUUGACAGAUGGCCCUACCGUGAAGGAAGAAAAAGUUUGUUUCAUGGUCCUCCAUUGAUAACACAAAGCAGAAUAGUAUUUUUAUAUUUAAAUGUAAAAACAAAAAAGUUAUAUAUAUGGAUUAUGGGUAUAUGUUUUUUUUCUAAUUGAGAAAACCAUCCUAGUCGCUGGGUGCCAGGUUUGAGGAGCUUGGCUAGGCUCUCUUGAUUGGAUGAGGGCAUGGGGAUACAGCACCAGGAAUGUUGGUUAUCUGGGGCUCAGCUUCUUAGGGUUUCCCUGCCCACUCUGCAGGAGCAGGUGCUGGGCAGGCAGCGGGUGGGACAGCACAGCUUGCCACCACCCGGCCCUAUGCCUAGCUUUAGAAGACGAGUACUUAUCCACACGAGUUAGAACUAUGAGUUGGCUGGUCAACUUGAACACUGUUACUGACGGGGGGUGGGGGGAGGUGUUACUGGGGUUAUAAUUUUUUUGGUGGGACUAGCAUGUCACUAAAGCAGGUCACUUUUGAUAUAUUACAUUUUUAAAAAGCAAACCAAGCUUAGAUUUUAAUCAGAUCUGUAGGGUUUCUAACUUUGCACAAUCACCUGUUUGUUUCAAUGUCUCCUUCCGCCUCGCUCUUGGAGGAACUGAGGACAGGCCUGCAGUGAAAUCACUUGUCAUUCUGUGUCCUAGUGCCUUCUCUCCCAGAAGAAUAAUAUUCCUUUCUUCCUUAGAAAUCCUAUGGAGUUUUGCUCUUUUCUAAUAAACGUGCUCCACCUCCA